AUGUCCCACAUACUAAAAACAAUAACACAAAAGUCAGAAUUGGAUUUCGUCCGUGCCCAACAACGUGAACUUGAAGAGAUGCUCAUUCCGUUGGAAGAGAGCCUUCAGCAAGAAGUGAACAACAUGCCACACGAUACGGAGCGCGAUCACACAUAUCAGCUAGCGGAGAAUAUCGAUUCACAAAUGAGGCGAUUGGCCGACGACCUAAAAGAGAUUAUCGAAAGAAUGAAUGCGGCUAGCAGGCACGAAGCGACAGCUGAUCCGAUUGCCAAAAUAGCGCGAAUUCUGAACGCUCAUACAGACUCCCUUCAAUGGGCAGAAUCCAGUUGUACAGCUCUGCAACGCAAACUUGACGAUGUAGGACGUGGACUUGAACAGCAGCGCAGAGACCAAGAUCGUUCUUUCCGUUUUGCCUAACUUUUUGCGAACAAGUAGCGUUUCUUUUCCUUUUGGGCUCUUAAAACUAUCGAUUUCUGAUGGAAGUUCGUAAGAACUAAAAUAUACAUUGCUAAGUAUAUUCUGCUUAUUGCAGUUGUUCAGCUUAUACGCUUCAGCAUUUGUAAGUCUACAUAAUAGAAAGAUUACCUUUUCUUCUUA